AUGGGAGUGCCAGGUCUAUGGGACCUCCUUCGACCUGCAGCAGCACGGACUUCACUCUCAGCAUUGUCAAGAGAAGCCUUCCAAACCAAUCAUAAUGGCUUGAGAGCAUUUACAGUUGGUAUAGAUGCUUCAAUCUGGAUCUUCCAUGCUCAAGUCACUCAUUAUGGUGAAAAUCCUUUUUUAAGAACUAUCUUUUUCAAGAUUACUGCUUUAUUGCAACAACCUGUAUUACCUGUUUUCGUGUUUGAUGGGCCGCAUAAACCUAAUCAGAAAAGAAACCAAAAUGUUGCGGGUCAAUUUGGCACCGCGGACUACAAGAGUAAGCAAUUCAAGGCAUUAUUAGACGUCUGUGGACUGGAGUGGUGGAAUGCUCCGGGUGAAGCAGAGGCAGAAUUGGCGGUGAUGAAUAGACAAGGCAAGAUAGAUGCUGUUCUAUCAGAUGAUGUAGAUGCUUUGUUAUUUGGUGCGACCUGCCUAUUGAGAAAUAACUCUCCCACACUGUCGGGCGCACAAGCCUCCUCUACCACUAAUAACUCGGCUCGAGGCGACAUGCGAAAUUACGAAGUAUAUCGGUCUUCUGCUAUCAAAGAUCUAUGGACGAAAAAGGAUGGAACCAAUCUUGUUACAGAAGAAGAUUGCAGGAUGGCUAUGGUACUAAUAGCAUUAUUAGGUGGAGGAGACUAUGUCACGGAAGGAUUACCAAGCAUCGGUCCAACUAUCUCCUUUGGUCUUGCGAACGCAGGCUUAUCAGACUUCCUCAAGAAAUAUAAUUCCGAUCGACAACGAUUUGAUUCGAGUCUUCCAUCGAUCCACGAACGAAUUGUCGAAGAACUGAAAACUAAUUCGUCGAAACAGAUCGGUAGAAGGUAUCCUGAUCGUGCCAAUAAACUUUCUGCCCUAUCACCUGAAGCCGUGUUCCCUUCAUUCACUUUGGACGCUUAUUUGAACCCAUGUACAAGUCCUGCUCAUGACCCAGUACAAGGUUGGCCUGGAUUUGGACAAGGGGAAUCAAGUAGAACGAGGGGUAAAGCGAGAAAUGCAGGUCGGGGCGAUAUGGAAGGAUUGGCUAUCGCCUGUGAAAAAUAUUUCGAAUGGGGAACGAAAGAUAUUGUUGUCAAGAAAUUCGCAGGUGAAUCUGUCGGUGUCUUCGGAGCUGAAAUAAUGAAUGAGGCUAGACAAACCGUUAGAUCUGGUGAAAAACAGGAUAUACCUCUUAUACAUCAAUCUGUUGGAACUUCAAAAGCUUCUUCUUCCACUAUGAUCACUUCUUUCUUCUCACAAUCAGCUCCAUCAUCUUCUCCAUCCGUCCUCAAAACAACUUCUUCGUCACAACGACAACCGUCUCAGUCUACUAAUGAUGAUCAAAUACCUGAUCACGUGUCCAAGAUACAUUCAAUUCGGGUCGAUCCGACGAAUCCUGAAAUGAACGAAUACCGAAUAUCGUUCAAACAUGAAAAUUAUGUUAAACGAUGUCACGGUGUCAUGCAAGGUACAAGAUCUGAUCCAGCCUAUCUUUCCGACAAUACGAGGAAAAAUCUGAGUUUGAGAGAAAAGUCGAUAGAAGAUGAUGAUUUGCCAAUGGCUACUCAAGCCACUGGAAAUGGGAAUCUUAACAGAGCUAGGGAUGAAAUCCGAGUUUGGAUGUCUGAGUAUCUUGUUAGAGAGGCUUGGCCCGAUUUGAUCAAAUUCUGGGAAGAAGAAAAAGCUUUCAAGCCGAAAAACAAGUCACCUAAGAAGACUAAGACAUUAUUAAAACCUCCACCCAAAAAAGGUAAAGGGAAAGCUGUCGAUGUGAACUCCAUAAACACAUCUGUUUUCGAUGCGUUCUAUGCUGGAUCGAUACAACGAGUUAAUACUCAAACACUAUCACGUUUACAGGAGGCAGUGGAGGAGGAAGAAGAGGAACCGAUUGAAUAUCUUCCACCCAGACCUAGAUCAAAAUCGUUCACAUCUCCUGCUCCUGGAAGAUCACCCUCAUUGUCUAAUUUGCCUGAUCAGAAUCAAGGUAAAAAGUCAAAAUCCAGACCAUGCCCAACAUCAAGUCUAUCAAGCUUACUAGAUACUUCAUCACCUUCAAGAGGAGGAUCACCUACUCCCACAAAAUCGAGGUCGACAAAAGGUAGACCUAGACCUAAAUCGAAAAGAACGAAUUCACCAAAACCAUCUUCCCCCUCUUCCGAUAAUAAUGAACACCUACCAAGGCCCACUUCUCCUAAAAGACCUUCAUCACCGAAGAAAUGGCCAAUCAGUAAACGGGUAUUCUCAAAGUCGAAAUCAUCUCCUUCAGCGCUAAUGUCUCCUGCCAUCAACAAAGGUGCAAUUCACCAACCCAUAGACUUGUGUUCUUCAACAGAUGAUGAAACACCCAAGAAAGUUCCUGUCAGAUCAAGAAGAGGAAGUAAAAAUCAUCAACCUCUAUUUGAUCGACAUAUCGAUGAUACUCCUAUUCUCAAGCCAUCACAUCGACGUGUAAAGAACGUAAUCACUUCUCCGCUAGCGUCACCUAUCCCAGUAUUGGGAAGCUCAAGUAGAGCGAAUACGAUCUCACCCCCUCUUAUGCCUGGUAAAGAUGUCGAAAUGGCAAAAGCAUCUAGAGCCUCAAGAGCAAGUAAAAGUGAACCCACUGGAUCAGCACAACCAAAAUCAAAAUCACGAUCGCAAUCGAUCUUAGAUUUCCCAAUUAUAUCUCAGUCGGGUUCCUUGAAUAUCAAUAGUAAACAGGUGGAGAAAUCAACAAAAUCAAAGAGGACAUCACUUUCGCCCAAAAAGAAGAAAUUGCAUUAUGUCGUAGUUAGUGAAACUAGUGAUGAGGAGAUCAUAGAUUGUACCCGACGCAAAUAG